CCCCCCCCUGACAAGGGGACCAGGUGGACGGUGCGGAGGGAAUGGGGCAGGGGGCAGCAGGACCAGAGUCUGUGAGUCCAGGCCUCCAAGGGGCCAAGGCCAUGGGCGGGAGGCCGCCUUCCAUCUCCCCUGGUGGUGGCCUGCGACUCAUCCCCGCCCGCUCUCCUGGGUAUGUGUCCCCAGGGACCAACCGUCACUCCUGCAGGCGAAGCCACGCAGGGGCCACCGAGUUCCCAGGGUCCCCCACUCCUUCCCCCAGCGCCCUCCACCCGCUGGGCUGUGAAGGCCCCUUGAUGAGGAGUAAAGGGCCUGGGAGCUGAUCUUAUUCUCUGAUCUGCGGGACGGACAGUCGGACAGGAGGCUGGAGGAGGAGGGGCUGGGUUAGGGACAGGUGGCCACCCUCUGUCCAUGCCGCCAGCCUGGCCCAAGGGAGCCGGUGUGAGGCCCCCCACAGCUCCAUGGGCACCCUGUACGCGCUCAGCAGCGGGGCUGCCCUCGGGACCCCGGGCAGGCGCUGCAGGGAGCUGUCGGCCCGGCUGCUGUCCAUCCACAGCGACCAGGACCGGCUGGUGGUGACCUUCAAGACCUUCGAAGAGAUCUGGAAGUUUUCCACCUACCACGCCCUCGGUAAGGCCGAGCCGGGCGGGACUCCCCUGCCAGGCCCUGUCCACACCAGGCCAGUGUGGACAAUCGGGCUCAGAGUAGUUUACUCAGACAUGACCACCCCCUGUCGCUUCGAAGGGCCUUUCUUUGUCCUGUGUCCUGACGGCUACGUGAGAGUGACCACCGGUCCCCAGGGUGCAGGCAGGGGCCCCCAGCCCCUCAGGCCGGCUUCAGGGGCUCCCCAGGGAGAGGCGGCCCCGGCAGUGGGCUCUCCAAGUCUCGUCAGUGUGCAGGGCCACGCGUCUGAGCUGGACAGCGUGCUUUUCCUCGAUGAGGACGAGCGGGCCUUCUUCAGCAGGGAGGGCCGCUUCUCCGAGGAGGACGCCCGGCGGCUGCUGAGCAGGACGUCGGGCUCGGACAUCUGCAGGGCGUACAGCUUGGACAGACUCGGAGAAACUGAGGCUGAGCCGUCAGAAGAGCAAGAAACACCUCUGUCUGGCCUGCACCCGGAGCCACAUGAGACCCUGCAGAAGGUGAAGAAGGUUCUAGAACAAUGUAAGUCCCGCCACAGCUGCCCUGAGGAGCCAGUGUCCUGGGGUCUCCAAUCAGCGUCCAGUGGAGCAAGCUCACCAGACACGGAGGAGCCCUCCUUCUGCCUGGACGCGGAGGACGACUGGGCCGACCCGGAGGCCCUGGGCUCCCUGUUGCGGUUCCUGGACGCUCCUGGGUACGAGCCCGCCUUCCGUGGCCUGUACGACGCCUCCCUGCCGGGGCUCGGCACCAUGUUCUGUGGCCUCCCCAUGGCCCUGGCCAGGCUCUGCUUCCUGCUGGGCCGGCUGUGCGUGCGGAGGCUCAAGCUGUCCCAGGCGCGCGUGUACUUCGAGGAGGCCCUGGGGGCCCUGGGCGGCCACUUCGGGGACCUCUUCCUGGUGGUGGCCCUGUAUGCCAACCUGGCCACCGUCCACCUGCGGCAGAGCAACAGGGACAAGUGCGGGCAGGUGGUGCCCAAAGCCUGCGCCCUGCUCCUGGGGACGCCGGAGCACCUGGGGUGUGAGAGUCACAGGCGGGCGGUGGUUUUUCCGCCGCCGACAACGCUGAGUAAUGGAAACCACGAGCUGUUUGCCGGCGCCGAGGCCGCUCCCACACUGGGCCGGACAGGCAGGGCCCCCGGCUCGUCUCUGUCUGCCUGGGGCGUGACUGCCCAUAGCCCGAGCAUCCCCACCGUCGUGGGCAUAGCCCAGGCCGGGCAGGAGGGGCUGGGCACAGAGGAGCCCGGGGCCUUGAACGGACGAGGCCUAAUGCACUCAUUUGGCAGCUCGAGGGCCCCAGGGUGGCCGGGACGUGCUGUGAGGUCCCCGCUGGUGGGACGGCCACCUGCCCCGCUGGAGCGCUGUGGGUCUCACAGGCCUGCAUCCCCGCAGGUGGCCCAGAACGCGGCCCUGUACACGGGGGACCCCAACCUGGGGCUGGAGCUGUUCGAGGCGGCCGGAGACAUCUUCUUCAAUGGGGCCUGGGAGCGGGAGAAAGCUGUGUCCUUCUACAGGGACCGGGCGCUGCCCCUGGCCGUGACCACAGGGAAGCAGGAGGCGGAGCUUCGGCUGUGCAACAAGCUGGUGGCGCUGCUGGCGGAGCUGGGCCUGCAGCAGGAGGGCCUGGAGUUCGCCCACAUGGCCCUGGCUCUCAGCAUCACCCUGGGAGACCGUCUGAAUGAGCGCGUGGCCUACCACCGGCUGGCCACCCUGCACCAGCGGCUGGGCCACGGCGAGCUGGCCGAGCACUUCUACCUCAAGGCGCUCUCGCUCUGCAGCUCGCCGCUCGAGUUCGACGAGGAGACGCUGUACUACGUGAAGGUGUACCUGGUGCUGGGCGACAUCACCUUCUAUGACCUGAAGGACCCCUUCGACGCGGCCGGGUACUACCAGCUGGCACUGUCCCAGGGACUGGCGCUGGCGGCGGCCGUGGACCUGGGCAACAAAAAGGCCCAGAUGAAGAUCUACACACGCCUGGCCACCAUCUACCACAACUUCCUGCUGGACCGCGUCCUGGCGGGCGUUUUCCGGGGAACAAAGGAGGCAGCCAAGCGGCAAUAAAUGUUCUGCAGGCACCUCCUCAAGUCUACAGGCCCCUCCCUGCGGCCUCCUGGGGAGGGCCCAGGGCCUGGCCCCGUCCUGGGGGCCACCUGCAGCUGCACCCCAUCCUCGUGCCUAAGUGGGUCGUCUGUGAGCCCAGCAGACCCAGGCGGGUCCCCUGCCAGCCACUCAUGGCGGCGUGGCCUUGGGCAAGUUCCUCCCCGGCUCCCCUCCCGGAGCCCCCACUGUGUGUCCGCACGGUGCUCCGCCUUGAAUCUUAAGCCUCCCGUGAGGUCGGACUGCGAUGCUCCCCUUUGACAGCUGAAGAAAUAGAGGACCAGAGAGGCUAGGAGCUUUGCCCGCUGCCACACAGCAGAUACGGAGGGAGGGCCAUGUGGGGUCCGCUGCUGGGCCGCCCACCCCUGCCUUGCCCACCUGCUCCCCCCGCAGACCGCCAGGGCAGGAACCCAGGCAUCCCCUUGAAAUCCUCUCCCCGACUCACAGGCAGGGAACCAAGGCUCAGAGAGGGGUGCCAGGAGCUUCUCGCCACACGGCUCUAUUCCGGCCCCUCUUCUUUCUUGAACUUAUUUUGUUAACGAGGUGAAAUUCACAUAAUAUAAAUGUAACGAUUCCAA